AUGGCGUGGACUAGUGACAUCAGGUUGGCUUGGAGGGUAUUCCAAGACCCGAUCAACGACCUCAACGGGUCAGCGUUGGGGUCGGCUUCCUCAACGGGUCAGCGUUGGGGUCGGCUUCCUCAACGGGUCAGCGUUGGGGUCGGCUUCCUCAACGGGUCAGCGUUGGGGUCGGCUUCCUCAACGGUGUUCCCCCCUGUCCCCCCCUGCUCCAGGUUGGAGGUCCAGGCUGAUGUUCAGAAGGAGAGGUGUAGUCUGAGUGGAGAGUCGGCCACCUUCAGCUUGGGAACAAUCAGUGACAACGCCAGCACCAAAGCAAUGGCUGGAUCCCUUCUCAACUACAGAGACGGGACCAGUAUGGAGGUGCAGGUGGACAUAGAGCCGGGUAAGUCUGCUGGUCAACUGCACGACCACACUAUGGAUGAUGGGAGAGACGCUGGGCGCUGUGGCUGGUCCUGCCACUCUGGAUGCCCCUCGGAGGACCAGGAUGGCACCGCCAAGUCCUCCUCUUCCUCGGGGAAGAAGAGUAAAAGCAAGCUGAAGAAGGGAGGAGGCUGUAAGAUCCAGGAGACGAGGGAGGAUAUGGAUGCUCGUCUCCUUGAGCAGCAGAGCACCCACUCCUCCGAGUUUGACUCUCCCUCCCUCGGCGGCUCUCUGCCGUCCGUCGCCGACUCUCACUCCUCCCACUUGUCAGAGUUCAGCGGCGGCUCUGACCUGGAGAUCACGAAGACGUCCUGCAGCCACGGAUCCUCGUCUGACUACCACAGCCGCUUCUUCACAGUCAGCCCUCUGCCUGAAGUGGAGGGAGACCGGCUGGAGGCGUUACCCUCCCCCCGGGGUGUCCUCUCCCAGCCUCACUCCCCGGUCUCCUCGCCCUGUCCCGAGGUGUCCGUCUCCCCUCUGUGUCUGAUAGCAGAGGAAAACAUCAACCGGGUGUGUCCUGCGAAGGCAGAUUGGGACUGUAUUACAGGAGGAGCCCUUUCCGUCGGACAGCUGCUGCAGGAGAACAACAACAACCUGCAGGCCCGUCCCUCCAGCCUGCUCCAGACCUCCUGUAUUCAGACUGACAUCUGACCUCAAAACAACCGUCUUUGGUUUCACAGAAUUAUUUUGGUUUCUUUCUUCCCCAGAAGACAAAAGCUUUGAAUGGACAUUUUCUGUCGUCCAGAAGUGUUGAAAUGAAGCAGUGGAGAAACCUCAGUCAGUAGGACUUGUUUCAAUAACAGCAAGGUGAAGGCUGUUGUUUCCUGUCAUGUGACCCCCUAUUGCAGUGUUUCCGACUGGCUGCUGUCCCUCCUCACAAGCAGGAGUGAAAGAGACCCGUCUCUGACCUCCGGGCGGACUGUCAGUCAAGCUGGGGAUCAGGACGCAACGUUCAGGAGCCUUCAAGCUCUCAAAACGCCAAGUUGAACUUUAAUAUGAACCAGGCAAUACUUUCCUCAGUCUUCUUUUCAGUUUUAAAAUGAGUUUAUAAUUAAGCCACUUCUGUUAAGUGAUGAUUUGUACUUAUUAUAAUUCGAUACUAGUCCGCUGGAAGGAAUUUAAAAAGCCUGGUAGUAGUUUAUCUACGGCUAGCUGAGAGGGACAAAGUACUGGAGCAGAGUACUGUUGCUAGGUAGAAGUAGAGCUGGGUCUCUGGAAGGCCAUGGUUUAAACAUCCCGAAGAUGGAUGAAUCACGCCGAGGGUUAAUUAUAAUAGCCACAACCCACCAAUGAGAGAGUCACUUCCUUGAAAUUGUUUAACAAAUAUUUUUCAACCGUCAGUAAAAUAAAAUUGUGCUUUUUUUUUCAGGCUGGAGAAGCUUUUCACCUCACAUUAUAAGAUAACUUUAAUAUCUGUUAUAACCAAUGGUUUAUAUAUACACUAGAUGACUGACAGGGGGCGCUGUGUUGAAGCCACCGUGCCUUCAUCUUGGCUCUCCCCCCUCCAUUGUAAAGAAAUGUUUUGGAAGCUAAAGAAAUGUAUUAACUGGUUUUAACAACAUGUAUUCCAUUACAGACACCUCAAUACUUUUACAUUAUAUUAUGUGAGCUAAACGUACAAAUAAAAGAAUAUAUAACAUUUUCCUUUUUAGAUUAAUGUUACUGUCCCCACUAAAACAUAAAAAAAAUACUUAAAUACAUGUAAUGUUAUCCUUGAAACAUUUGAUUGAAACACUGUAGAAUUCCAUUCAUUCCUAUGGAGGCCUGCUCCUAAUGGAGAGAGCCAAUAUGGCCGACUGGUGGCUUCAAAGCAUCUCAAUGGCCAAUACAUAACAUCAGUAAUCCAUCCCCUAAUGGAGAGAGCCAAUAUGGCCGACCGGUGGCUUCAAAGCAUCUCAAUGGCCAACACAUAACAUCAGUAAUCCAUCCCCUACUGGGGAGAGCCAAUAUGGCCGACCGGUGGCUUCAAAGCAUCUCAAUGGCCAACACGUAACAUCAGUAAUCCAUCCCCUAAUGGAGAGAGCCAAUAUGGCCGACCGGUGGCUUCAAAGCAUCUCAAUGGCCAAUACAUAACAUCAGUAAUCCAUCCCCUAAUGGAGAGAGCCAAUAUGGCCGACCGGUGGCUUCAAAGCAUCUCAAUGGCCAACACAUAACAUCAGUAAUCCAUCCCCUAAUGGAGAGAGCCAAUAUGGCCGACCGGUGGCUUCAAAGCAUCUCAAUGGCCAAUACAUAACAUCAGUAAUCCAUCCCCUAAUGGAGAGAGCCAAUAUGGCCGACCGGUGGCUUCAAAGCAUCUCAAUGGCCAAUACAUAACAUCAGCAAUCCAGGGUUUAUAUAAGUUGGUUAUUACUCAUUGUGCCUUUUGAAAAGGAAAAGCUGUUUUUCCUCUUUCUGAUCGUCUGCAUCUCUCCACCUCUUCGAGACUUUAAAAAGCCAAACCAACAGGUUUCAGACGGUCUCUCUUGACCGUGCCAGGAGAGAUACUGGACGAGUAGGGCUUCAUAAUUCUGUGGUAGACUUACACGUCUUGUUCAAUUGCCUACCAAAGACACCACUCAGGCUCUUGAGAACUCUUGUUCCUGGUAACCCUUGACGACGUCUGUUUUGUCAUCCCCCAGACUCCGCCUGGUGCAGCAUGUCUACACCAUGUGGUUAAACAUGUCAAAAUAAACACAGGAAUAUAUACAGACUGCUUUUCUGUUGUUGUUUGUUGUUGUCUAAUACGCUUUACAAAUGCUACGCAAAUAACAGGAGGCCAGAGUCUCCUGCUGUUAACCAGACUGGUUACAUAAAUGUACUGCAAUGCUCAGAGUGUAUGUACGGGGAUAUCAUCAGUGCCCCCCCCUCUAUUCCUGUCUGUGUCCCAAAUGGAAGUCUGUUCCCCGACACAGUGCACAGGUAGUGUGCUAUCUAGAGAGUAGUGUGCCAUCAGGACGGCAGGGCGUCUGGUCCGCGUCUCCUGCCGGUCUGUGAAGACGUGUGGCUGAAUGAUGUCAUCUCUGGACUGAUUUAAAUGCUGCUGCCUCUCCUCCCCUCACACACGUUGUCUGUGUUUAUUCCCUGAUUAAUUCUCUGCACUGUCCAUUUCCUGUUGGUUUAAUUCUCUGCGCUGUCCAUUUCCUGUUGGUUUAAUUCUCUGCACUGUCCAUUUCCUGUUGGUUUAAUUCUCUGCACUGUCCAUUUCCUGUUGGUUUAAUUCUCUGCACUGUCCAUUUCCUGUUGGUUUAAUUCUCUGCACUGUCCAUUUCCUGUUGGUUUAAUUCUCUGCACUGUCCAUUUCCUGUUGGUUUAAUUCUCUGCACUGUCCAUUUCCUGUUGGUUUAAUUCUCUGCACUGUCCAUUUCCUGUUGGUUUAAUUCUCAGCACUGUCCAUUUCCUGUUGGUUUAAUUCUCUGCACUGUCCAUUUCCUGUUGGUUUAAUUCUCUGCACUGUCCAUUUCCUGUUGGAUUAAUUCUCUGCACUGUCCAUUUCCUGUUGGUUUAAUUCUCUACACUGUCCAUUUCCUGUUGGUUUAAUUCUCUGCACUGACAAUUUCCUUUCCUAUACUUUAAACACUAGUGCCAGUUAGAUUUUCUAAUUUGUGCAGAAUGACAUUAUCCUGUCCCCAGCUCUGUGUUCGAUGUGGUAAUGACCAAAGGAGAUGGACAGAGGACACACACAGAUCUGGGACCAGGCUAGAAUGGCAUUUAACGGUAUCUGUAUAUUAGUUUGCUAAUUUCCUUUUACAAUGUGUGUAAAAUGCAUAUCUAAAAAAAUAAAUAUCUCUUUAACUUUU